UCUAGAUUUCAUUGUACAACUCAAUAUUAUUUUUUCAUCAACUUGUUACCUUUUUCUUCUAUAAAUUCACUCCUUCAAACCCUUUCACUCCUCUUCCACUUUCCCCUUCUCUCUCUGAAAACCUCUGUUUCCUCUGUUUUUUUCAGCAUCAAAUUCAUUUUUGAAGCUUAUUUUGAUUUGACACAUAAAAUAAAGCUUCAAAAAUCUUAAAUGCUUAACAUAUUGUUAUUGAUGUUUGAGAUUCAUGUAUCAAAUUCUGAGUGAAAUUUUCUUUUCUGGUUGUAUGAUCAAUUCUACUGUUAGGCGCAGGACCCAUUUAGUUCAAUCUUUCUCUGUUGUUUUCCUUUACUGGCUCUACUACGUUUCAUGAUUUCUAUUUCUUAAUCCUUUUUCUCUUUUUAUUACAUAAUUUUUCAUUUUUCAGCAAUUUUUUCCUCUUUUCUUUAUAUUAGUUUCUGGGUCCUGUGUCCUCUGUUUUGUGCUCUGUUUUCCUCUGUUUUUGUGCUCUGUUUUCCUCUGUUUUAGGUUCUGUUUCUGCAAUAUCUCACAUGGCUUCUUCAAGUGGAACAUCUUCAGGCUAUUCAACGCUUCCAAACUCAGGUUCAGAGGAAGAUUUGAUGCUUCUAAUGGAUCAAAGAAAAAGAAAGAGAAUGAUAUCGAAUCGCGAAUCGGCAAGGCGAUCUCGAAUGAGGAAACAAAAACACCUAGAUGAUCUUGCUCUUCAAGUAAGUCAACUAAGGAAUGAGAAUCAACAGAUUGUAACAUCUGUGAAUCUCACAACUCAACGUUUCUUGGCUGUUGAAUCUGAGAACUCAGUGCUUAGAGCUCAAUUGAAUGAACUCAACAACAGAUUUGAGUCUUUGAAUGAGAUCAUCAACUUCAUGAAUGUUACAAAUGGUGUUUUUGAACCUGUUAGUGUUGAUAAUGACAAUAACAACUACUUCAAUAACCCUUUGAAUAUGGCUUAUUUGAAUCAACCAAUCAUGGCUUCUGCAGAUAUGAACAUGAUGCAUUAUUGAGUUUGAAGUUUGAUUGAAUCUGAUGAAGAAAUUGUGAUGCUUGAGAGUUCAGAGAGAGAGAGAGAUAAGGAAUAAUGAUGAAUGUGUAGUUUUAGUAGUAAUGGUUCAUAAAGAAGGUGAAACUUGUUAGGUUCUGUUUCUAUAAAUGAACCUUGUUUGUGUUCACACUUUAAGGUUGUGUUUUUCUAUGAUUGAGUCACUAUUGUUGUUGUUUUCUCUUUGUUAUUAUAAUAUAUAAUAUAAUUUUAAUAAUA